AUGAAGUACUCACUCGUUGCAUCUCUGAUUCUUCAGAGCACAAUUGUCGUUGCCGACCUUCUGCCCGUUCACUUCAAGGCGCCGACUGCGGCACACUUCAGAGACAUUGUCCGCAAUGAUACGUACGACUUUGGCUGCCGACCGGUUGCAAAGCCUACCGAUGAUGGGCACUUUACUCUCCACGCCCUGCUGACUGAGGACCAAAUCGCUCAUGUCACCAAGGAGUAUGAAUUUGCGCCGGAAAUCUCAAUCCACAGGCAAGACUUGUCCAAAAGGGCCGCGACCGCACCCAUUGGAACUGGAGACCGCUUCAAGUCCGGCACCGUCGCACCUGUCGGUCUCGGACAGCAGGCCUCAGGCGCAACUAUCAGCAGCAUCAUGAACGUUGCCGAGAUCAACUCUGCUGUUCAGGCUCUGGCCAAGACCUAUGGUGUCAGCACCAUCACUCUGCCGAACAAGACCUUCAACGGCGCCACUCAGGUUGCUGGCUUCGUUGGAGCUGGCACGGACAAGAGCCAGUACCACCUCUACCUCUCGGCUGGUAUGCACGCUCGCGAACGUGGUGGUCCCGACAACCUCAUCUACUGGAUCUCGGACCUUCUCGCCGCCAACAAGGCCGGUACCGGCCUUACCUACGGCCGCAAGACAUACACCAAUGCUCAGGUGAAGUCUAUCCUCGCAGCUGGUAUCGUCUUCUUCCCCGCCGUCAACCCCGACGGCAUCGCCUACGACCAGUCCAGCGGCUCUCUCUGGCGCAAGAACCGCAACACGCGUUCCGGCUCCUCCGGCAGCUCCAUUGGAGUCGACAUCAACCGCAACUUCGACUUCCUGUGGAACUUCCGCAAGUACUUCGACCCCGGCGAGUCGCCAGCCUCGACUUCGCCCAGCAGCGAGGCCUUUUACGGCACUGCUGCGGCGUCGGAGCCAGAGACCAAGAACCACAUCAGCGUGUACGACUCGUUCCCCAAGAUCAGGUGGUUCAUGGACAUCCACUCCGCGACUGGUGAUAUCUUGUACUCUUGGGGCGACGACGAGAACCAGAACACCAACACACAGAUGAACUUCAUGAACGCUGCGUACGACGGCAAGCGUGGUCCCGUUGGCGACACCGUGUACAGGGAGUAUGCGCCUGCUGCUGAUGUUACAAACAUCAAGAACGUGGCAUCGAAGACGGUUGCCGCGAUGAAGGCAGUUGGUGGCCGUUCGUAUUCUUCAAUGCAAGCCGUCGGUUUAUAUGCCACGUCGGGAGCAUCAGACGACUACGCGUACUCGAGGCACUUUGCCAACUCAGCCAAGAACAAGGUCCAUGGCUUCACGAUGGAGUUUGGAUACGCGACCAACUUCUACCCGACGAGCAGUGAGUUCAACCAGAACAUUCUGGACACGAACGCUGGCUUCAUGGACUGGGCGUUGGCGGCGAUUGCCGUUGGUUUGGAGUAGAUGGUGCGAUUUGUGGCGGUGUUGUGGUGUUGGGGCGAGGAAGAUACCCGUGAUGAUGUUAUGAUGGUACGGCUGUGUUGUUGUUCUUUGUAUAUACAUACUAUUCUUUCUAAUGCUAUGCUUUGUAAAGUCGAUACUAUACCUGAUGUGUUUCCUAUGUUUGUUUCUUGUGGUCACUAAGAAGCAAGUACAUCAAAGAUUGCUUGGAGCAUGUUCAGUUCAGUAAAUCAAGUCUAAUUUAAGUUCGCUAUACAUACGGAAUAGCUUUCCC